GAGAAGAGAGAGUGAAGUCUCACAAAGCUCACUGAAGCAUUUAAAACGCACACUCAAAGACUCAAAGCUCGCAGCCGCGCACACUAUAAAAGCCCAAAGCUAUUGUCCGAUGGGGUUUUAUCUCUUACCUUUGGCGGCUCUCUAAAUUCUCCACCCUCCAGCUGCUCUAAGAAACCCUAAUUUUCUCUCGCAAACACUGUUUUUAUAUAAGAAGUCAGUGCUUUUUUUCCUUUUUUUUUUUUUUUUGGAAUAAAAUUGAUAAAUAAAUUUUCGGAUUGAGUUUGGAGGAGGCGAUAAUGGAGGGCUCGAAAGGAGAAGAAGCGCAGAAACAGCAGGAGUUUGUUUUGGCUUCCAUUUCUGAGCUUGCGUCGUCGUCUUCUUCUUCUUCUUUGACGCCUGCGGUUGCUCGGUUUAGCUCGGAAGACGGAGUUGGAGAGCAGCAGGAGGCUGAGUCCGAUGCUCGCGUCAAUGUCGAUCUUCAAACUGCUCAGCUAUUCAAGUUAGGCCCCGUGCAGUCAGUUUGCAUAUCUGAAGGUUCUGAUACGGGCACAGAGAAAUUGUUUUCAAGGGGAGUCACUAUCCAUUUUAAAAAUGAGGAGGAGAGCGGAGCCUUCCAUAAUGCAUUUGACCAGUGGAAGAAGGACUUUAUUGUUCAAGGAGAGAAACUACCAAAUGGAGAAAUAUCAUCUUCCAAAAGCAAGUUUGAUGAUAAAAUAGAGCCAUCUUCUGCUAAAAUGUAUUUCCACUACUAUGGACAAUUGCUACAUCAACAGAACAUGUUGCAAGAUUAUGUUAGGACAGGAACCUAUUAUGCUGCAGUAAUAGAAAAUCGUGUGGAUUUUACGGGUCGUGUGGUGGUUGAUGUUGGUGCUGGUAGUGGUAUUUUGUCAUUAUUUGCUGCUCAGGCUGGUGCUAAGCAUGUUUAUGCUGUGGAAGCAUCUGAAAUGGCAGAAUAUGCUCGCAAGCUAAUUGCAGGGAACCCUUCACUGGGUCAAAGGAUAACAGUAAUCAAAGGUAAAGUUGAGGAGGUUGAAUUGCCUGAGAAAGCAGAUAUUCUUAUCUCGGAGCCAAUGGGCACCUUGUUAAUUAAUGAAAGAAUGUUGGAGACCUAUGUCAUUGCAAGAGAUCGAUUUCUUCAGCCAAAUGGAAAAAUAAUUGAUUACUUCUGCAGGAUACACAUGGCACCUUUCAGUGAUGAAUAUUUGUUUGUUGAAAUUGCAAAUAAGGCCCUCUUCUGGCAGCAACAAAAUUAUUAUGGUGUUGAUUUGCAACCGUUGUAUGCAUCUGCAUUCCAGGGAUAUUUUUCACAGCCUGUGGUAGAUGCUUUUGAUCCAAGAUUAUUGGUGGCUCCUUCAAUGUCUCAUGUGAUUGACUUUACCAAAAUAAAUGAAGAGGACUUGUAUGAAUUCGAUAUACCAUUACGGUUUGUUGCUGCUGUAGGCACUAGAGUGCAUGGGUUAGCAUGCUGGUUUGAUGUCUUAUUUGACGGGAGUACUGUACAAAGGUGGCUUACCACUGCGCCUGGUGCACCAACAACUCACUGGUACCAAUUACGCUGCGUUCUCUCUCAGCCCAUUUAUGUAAUGGCAGGACAAGAAAUAACUGGCCGACUUCACAUGAUUGCCCACAAUGCGCAAAGUUACACAAUAUAUCUUACAUUGGCAGCUAAAAUGUGGGGGCCUGGUGCUGAGCAGGGAGGAAUAAUUCAGGAAUCCUCUUGUAAACUUGAUCUUAAAGAGCCAUACUAUAGAAUGUCCCAACCACAAGCCUAUACAAUAACCCAAGAUCAGCAACCACAUCAGCAAAUACAGGCACAGGAUAUACCAAUUCACUCUCAGGAUUUCGAAGAUUCAGAAUUUAUUCCACAACCAUCACCAAGUUCUGGCGUAAAGAUGACAUUGGCAGAUUUUGCUAGAUCCACUGGUUCGUUGAAAGACACUUUAUGAUAUGGGCAUCUCUGUUUGUAACAUAGAAACCGCUCUGCUUUAGCAAGUGCUGCUAUGGUUCCCCGUUAGUCCCCGCCACUUCCCCAGUUAAUUGGUCUCUCCCGCAUUUACAUGUUAGGGCUUAACCCUGUAAAUUAGAUAUUCAUUUGAGUGCUUGUGCAGCAGAUUUGUGCAAUUUUUAUCGUGAUCUCCAGCUUAUCAAUAAAACUCGGUCUGUUGCAAAAUAUUUUCUAGGCUUGGGGUCAUGGGCAUUCUGCAAUAUGCUUCCCAACUGAUUUACAAAGGAAAAUUUUGAAAUGAGAAGACACCAGUAAUGCCAUGCAAAGUUAGGUCAUGGCCAUUUGAUGUCUUUUUGCUAUGUACCCUCCCGAUUGGACGUGCUCUAUUCCUUGGAGUGCGGUAUUGAAGGACAAGCAAAUGAUGAGCUUGAUCUUCUCUAUUGGUAAGGCUAAUUUCUAAACAGUAUGCAGAUUGUUGUGUUUGUAUGAUAACCUGUUGCACACAUUUAAAAAAACUGGGGUGUGCAUGGUUUGAAAUCAAAUUUGCAUAAUGUAAAAUUGGAUUGCGGAUUUUUCAGUUCAAUCCAAUCUGAUUAGAGCUUAGGAGCGGAUCUAAUGUAUAUUGGAUUGCACUAUCGGUUUUAAUAAUGGAAAAAUACAUAUUGAGA